UGCACGUUAGAAUGCGGAUCUCACGCCCAUCCCUACACCUGAACAGAGUAAUUAAUGUCCUCACCACGGUUAAAUCCUAAACCAUGUUCAAUCUAGUCUCAUCACUUUCCUAUUUACCCCUCUUCCCCUUCUCACACGGAGGACAGACAGAGAGAGAGAGAUAGAGAGAGGAGGAACUCAACUCCAUUUUUUCUUCUACUGCGCCUGAUUUUGGACUGUGAUCCUGUAUUCCUCACUUUUGCUUCUCUCUCUACCGACACAAGCUCCCUAGUUGAGCUCUAAUGAAGUAGUGGGCUCGCAGAAAGCGGAGUUACGUCUUCUGUCUCUGAUUACUUAGCCUUCUCUUCUUCAUGGGUGAGCUUGCAAUUGAAAGCAUGGGCUUCCCAUGUGGCUUAGAUUUCUCACAUUUCACGCCUCCCAGCCAUGACAAAAAUGUCACCUUUAUGCCCAUAAUCCAACCACCGCCGCCGCACCCCAAUUUCUCUCAUCUCCCCCACCCGCCCUGCGUUGAUUCCGCGAUGAUCGAAGGCGAUUUGGUCGACCCCCUUCCUGACAACUUCCCCGAGGUCAUCCCCGACGACGAAGACAGCGAUGAAGACAUUGAAGUCGAAGAGCUUGAGCGCCGUAUAUGGAGAUACCGGCUUCUUGUCAAGCAACGGAAGGAGCAGCAGAACACCAAGAACAGAGAUUUCAGUGAUUCAGUGAAGCAUCGCCAGUCGCAAGAACAAGCGAGGAGAAAGAAGAUGUCGCGCGCACAGGACGGAAUUCUCAAAUACAUGUUAAAAAUGAUGGAGGUCUGCAAGGCUCAAGGUUUCGUUUAUGGAAUCAUUCCUGAGAAAGGGAAGCCUGUGAGCGGCGCUUCUGAUAAUCUUCGAGGCUGGUGGAAGGAGAAGGUCCGAUUCGAUCGAAAUGGACCUGCUGCAAUCGCCAAAUACCAGGCUGAUAAUGGAAUUCAGAGCCCCAACAGUGAGCUCAACUCCAGGUUCAUCAGUCCUCACUCAUUGCAGGAGCUUCAAGACACGACCUUGGGAUCUCUUUUAUCUGCGCUGAUGCAGCACUGUGAUCCUCCGCAGAGAAGGUUCCCUCUUGAAAAAGGCAUUCCUCCUCCAUGGUGGCCGACGGGAAAGGAGGAUUGGUGGCCUCAGGUCGGCUUCUCAAACGACCAGCCUCCGCCUCCUUAUAAGAAGCCUCAUGAUUUGAAAAAGGCUUGGAAGGUCGGCGUUCUCACCUCUGUCAUCAAACAUCUCUCCCCUGAUAUCGACAAGAUCCGCCGGCUUGUGCGGCAGUCCAAGUGCCUUCAGGACAAGAUGACUGCAAAGGAGAGCGCAACUUGGCUCGCUGUUGUUAAGCAAGAGGAGGACAUGUUCAGAGACCUUCAUCCCGAUGCUUGUCCUCCACCAUCCUCCGCGAGCAAUGGAACGAUUUCAUUUAGCAGCAGCUGUAAUGAGUAUGAUGUUGAAGGCGUAGAUGACGAUGAUGAUGACAAAUGCGGCGAGGUGAUGAAGAAUCAAGACCCGAUAGACAUGAAUAAUGUGUUCAGCAUGAAUAAUGAGGAGUUUAUCAGAAAGCGAGCCGCGAAUUGCGAGCCGGAGAUGAUACUGAAUCAAGGAAGUGUGUUCAAUGGAGAGACUACUAAAUUUCGGCGAAAUGAUUACCAAUCUAUGAAGAGCAAUCAGCUGUAUCAAAACAGUUGUUAUUCCACCAAUCCGCCGCCUUUUAUCACUUCUUCAGCAUUUCAACCGAAUGAGAACAAACCACAAAUAUUUUCAAUGUCUCCGAUGGUGGUCCAACAGCCAAAGAUGGCUUCUGUUAACUUGCAGCCUGCUGCCGCCAUUGCCACCACUCCUUUUAGUAUCUCCGGCCUCGGUCUUCCAGAUGAUGGGCAGAAACUCAUUGCUGAGCUGCUGAAUCAGUAUGACAGUAACAUGAAUCAUGGUAAAGUUUCCGGCGAGGUUCGAGCGGGCAAUGAGGUGCAGAAAACUGAUACUUUUCGACUGCCGAAUGAGGCUAUGAGCAGCUUCUUCGGUUCCAAGAAUGGCGGCGGCGGCAGUGGGAUCUUCGAAGAAGCUAAUUGUUCUCAAUUAUGUUCUAUUCAUGAGGAAUUGGAACAAAUGGAUCAAGUUUAUCAGAACCAAGCGACUGAUAUGAGUAAUGAUUUCAGAUUUGGAUCUUCUUUUAGCUCACCAGCCAUGGAUUUUGCUGAUUCGAUGUCUCGAGGGGUUGGGAGCUGGUUCUUCUGAAAUGAAUCUCAGGGGAUUAGGAAGCUGGCUGUGUUGAUCUGCUGCUCACUAGAGUGAGCAUUCAUGGCUGCCAUAUGUAAGCUUGGUUUCAGGUGAUCUAUCUAGCUUUUUUUCUUUUCAUUUUUUUUUUUGGCCUUUUUUUUUCUAUGUUGUGUAGGAAAUAGGAGGGGAAGAAGAAUGUCGGAAUGCGAUGCUGAGACAGACUAAAUAUUUUAGGGUUUUUGGGUUUGGAUUCAUUGAAGAAUAUAUUGUAUGGUAGUGCUGUUGUGAAAGUCCUGUCCUGCACAUUGAUGCUUAUGUAUAUGGCAUGUUUGGAACAAGUAGGGUGAACUUAUCAUAUAGCUAUUUUUAUUGCUUUUUUCAUAUAAUUUUGUCUAUUAA